AUGUCUGUCCCAAACGGCGCUGGCCACAGCAGUUCCUCCAAGGCUACUGACCACGAUGGAACCAAUGUUCCCGGCUUUCAGCCCCAGAACAAGAUGACGGUCCAGCCCCCGAGAAACGAGGAUCUCCAAGUCAGCUAUGCCGCUGAAAUCGGGGGCGAGGCCAACCCAAAGGGCUGGUAUGGCAGCAUGAUCAAUUCUCUCGGCGCGUGUAUCGGAACAAUGGGUGCCAUUCCUUGCUGUAUACUUUGCCCCAACCCGUAUAAGCACGUCAACCAAGGCCAUGUCGGCCUCGUCACCAAAUUCGGUCGAUUCUACAAGGCCGUAGAUCCCGGUUUGGUCAAAGUCAACCCCCUCAGCGAGAGACUCAUUUCGGUUGAUGUCAAGAUACAAAUUGCGGAGGUCCCUGAGCAGACAUGCAUGACCAAGGACAAUGUCACUUUGCGCCUGACAUCCGUCAUCUACUACCACAUUGUGUCUCCUCACAAGGCCGCUUUUGGUAUCUCCAACGUCCGCCAGGCUCUCGUUGAGCGUACUCAGACUACUCUGCGCCACGUCGUUGGUGCUCGCGUUCUCCAGGAUGUAAUCGAGCGUCGCGAGGAGAUUGCACAGUCUAUCGGGGAGAUCAUUGAAGAUGUUGCUGCCGGUUGGGGUGUUCAGGUCGAGAGCAUGCUUAUCAAAGACAUUGUUUUCAGUCAGGACCUGCAAGACUCGCUUUCAAUGGCUGCUCAGAGCAAGCGAAUUGGUGAAAGCAAGAUCAUCGCCGCCAAGGCCGAGGUCGAAUCGGCUAAAUUGAUGCGUCAAGCCGCCGAUAUUCUGAGUUCUGCUCCUGCCAUGCAGAUUCGCUACCUCGAGGCUAUGCAAGCCAUGGCCAAGUCCGCCAACAGCAAGGUCAUCUUCCUGCCUGGAAACACUCAAGCUUUCAGUAGCGCUGCCAUGAAUGCCGCUCUGAAUGACGGCCAGUCCGGUGAAGGCAGUGGCAGCACUGCCGUCAAUGCCCGCGACUUUGGAGGUCAGGAAAAUUUCCAACAAGCCUUGAACGCUCGCAUGGUGGAAAACUUCUAG